AUGUCCCUAGUAUGGAGAAAGAUUCAGGAAAUCGAUCUGAAUCCUGAGACGGCAUUUCGCCGCAGAAGGCCACCACCCGCACCGCGCCGUGUUGUGGUGAAUGCAGACCUGCCACCGGAUGCGGUAGACAGCAAAGGACGGGUAAUAAGAUCGUGGAUCUAUUGCACGAACCAAGUCAAGUCGUCCAAGUACACCCUGUACAACUUUGUCUUCAAAAACUUGCUGGAGCAGUUUCGCCGCGUCGCGAAUAUUUUUUUCUUGGUUUUGGUCAUUCUUCAAUUCUUCCCAGAAUUCUCGACCAUUAGUCCUGGUGUUGCCAUGCUUCCUUUGCUUAUUGUCUUGGCCAUCACCAUGAUCAAGGACGGCUACGAGGACGUGAAGCGACACCAGUCGGACCGUAGUAUUAACCUACACAAGACGCACAUCCUCGCCGGCGGCGGCUUCAAGAACCACAAUGCAACCGAGGCAAAAUCACGCAGCUUGUCCUUUUUCUUAGGCGUGUUGCGCCAGUAUGUCUCGCCCGUCUUUGGCGUCAAGCACAAGCCAAGCCCUGACGCUGCGCCCGCCGCAGAGGAGCUUCCGAUCGAUUCGCACGGCCACGCACAGUCGAUGGACAUUUCCCGCACUUUAUCGCCCACGCCCAUGUCGCCGAUCGACGAGCGCAACACUGUAAACUUUACCUCGCCGCUCACUUCACCCGUCUCAGCUUCCCACGAAUGGCGCUCUCCUCAGCAGCGCCGGAGCAUGCAUAGCGAACGCUCACGCCGUACCUCUGGGACACAUACGCGCAAACGCGACAGCAUGCUGAGCGAGCUACAUCACAAGCAUGAUGACACGUUGCCGUACUGGAGGACGCGUACGUGGGAAGAUUUGAAAGUCGGCGACAUUGUCAAGCUGCAAAACAACGAAGAGGUCCCUGCGGACAUUCUGAUUUGCUCCACCAGCGAAGACGACGGCAUCUGCUUUGUUGAGACGAAAAACUUGGACGGGGAGAUCAACCUCAAGUCGCGGUACGCCGUUCCUGAACUUUCUGGUAUGCGCACCAAAGAGGACUGCAUGUACUACCACUUUGACGUCGAAGUCGAGUCGCAAAACACAGACAUGUAUCGCUUCAACGCGCGUGUUAAUAUGCACGACGAGGUCAACGAGCAAGGUCUCCCGUUGCAGUAUCCGGUGACACUGAGCCAAGUUGCACUGCGCGGCUGCACUCUGCGCAACACCGACUGGACUAUUGGCGUGGUAGUCAUGACUGGCCUUGACUCCAAGGUUGUGCUCAACUCUGGUGAUACGCCAAGUAAGCGGAGCUUGAUGGAGCUUCAAAUGAACCGCAUGGUCUACGUGAAUCUCGCGAUUAUCGCCGUGAUUGCGGUGGUGUGUGCGAUUGCCGAUGCACAGCUAGAGAAGCAUUACUUUAACCUGGGCGCGUACUGGGAGUACGCUGCGACGCGAAACGACGAUAAUCCAAACAUUAAUGGUCUGAUUGCGUUUGCCAACUCGCUGAUCACCUUCCAAAAUUUCGUUCCCAUCUCGCUGUACAUUUCCUUCGAGGUCGUGCGCACAAUACAAGCGCUGUUUAUCUUUGAGGACCACGAUAUGUACUACGAAAAAGCCAAGCGACGCACCACGGCCAAGUCGUGGAAUCUGUCCGACGAACUUGGCCAGAUCCAGUACAUUAUCAGCGACAAGACGGGCACACUCACCCAAAACCUAAUGAUCUUUCGCGAGUGCAGCGUUGGUGGAACGAUUUACAAAGGUGAAAACGCCGCGGAGGCGGUUGAACUCCUCGCAUCGCGACAGCGCUCAGAGAAAAAAGUGCACCCAGACAAGAUUCAUGUUUGUCCCGCCUACGAAGACAUGCCGCCCUACCAGAACAAGCGCUUGUCAGAGAUCAUUGACAACCAAAGCAGUUCCGAUCACACCAUUGUCGACGCCUUCUUCCACUGUCUUUCGCUUUGUCACACAGUCCAUGUGGCACAGACAGAAGAAAAAGAUCAGAUCAUGUACAAGGCCGAGUCCCCUGACGAGCAAGCGCUUGUGCAGACCGCCGCAGACAAUGGCUACGUCUUUUGCGGCCGCCGCGUGAAUACAGUGCAGCUCCAGGUGCCCCAUACCGCACAGCGCGAGAAGUACGAGAUUUUGCACGUACUCGAGUUUUCCUCGGCGCGCAAGCGCAUGAGCGUUGUGGCGCGCCGCGAAGCAGACAACAAGCUGCUCCUCUUUGUCAAAGGCGCCGACUCCAUGAUUUAUUCGCGCCUUGCCGAUGGCCAGCGGGCGAUUCGCCAAGAAACUGACAAGACGCUCGAAGAGUUUGCCAACAAUGGUCUGCGCACAUUGUGUUUUGCCAUGGCCGAGCUCGAUGUGCAGCGCUAUGCAGCGUGGGAGAACAGGUACCACGAAGCGUCCAUCGCGACAGAAGAGCGCGAGGAACGCAUGGAAGAGCUCGCCAGUGAGCUGGAACGCAACCUCUACCUGCUGGGCGCGACUGCAAUCGAGGACCGUUUGCAAGACGGUGUCCCGGAAACGAUUGCUGACUUGAAGCGCGCUGGAAUCAAUGUUUGGGUCGCGACGGGCGACAAGCUCGAGACGGCAAUUGCGAUUGGGUACAGCACGAUGCUUCUCGCGCAGGACAUGAACUUGAUCGUUGUCCGCGGCGGUGAAUUCGGCACGCGCAAUUCCGCCUACCAGCAGCUGGAGCGCGCUGUAGAGCGAUUUUUUGGCGGAGAAGAAGUGGUCGAGUCGAUGCAGCACCAGCCGCCGCCCACGGGCGAUGCCCAAUCGAUUGUCUCCCAGCGGAGCAUGGCGAGCCAAGCCUCGCUGGUGGGCGGAAAUAAUGGCGCAAGGAGCGGAGGUUAUGCGCUUGUGAUUGACGGGCACGCGCUCGGCUUUGUCCUCGAGGAGCCCUACAGCCGUGAUUUGCUUCUUCGCGUCGCUGUGCACUGCCGCGCCGUGGUGUGUUGCCGUGUGAGCCCGCUCCAAAAAGCGCUCAUUGUCCGCUUGAUUCGCGACGGUAUGAACGGCAUCACACUUGCAAUUGGCGAUGGUGCAAACGAUGUAUCCAUGAUCCAAGCAGCGCACGUAGGCGUCGGUGUGGCUGGCGAAGAAGGUCUUCAAGCGGUGAACUCGUCUGACUAUGCCAUUGGCCAGUUCCGUUUCCUCAAGCGCCUCGUACUUGUUCAUGGGCACUGGUCGUACUACCGCAACAGUAAAAUGAUCAACCUCUUCUUUUACAAGCAGGUCGUGCACACCGGCACUUUGUUCUGGUUCCAGAUUUAUUGUGCCUGGUCGACGACCCAAGCAAUGGACUAUGUUUACCUGCUGCUCUACAAUGCGAUUUGGACCGUUGCGCCGGUUGUUGGCAUCGGCAUCUUUGACUGCAAUAUGUCUGACCACGCGCUCAUGCAGAUUCCUGAGCUGUACGCCGCCGCGCGCGAGCGCUCCUAUUUCGGCAUGAUGCGGUUUUUCUGGUACAUGGUAGAUGGCCUUUACCAGUCUGUUGUCCUCUUCUUUUUCUUUAUGUACGUGUACGACACGACAUCUCCGCGCAACGACGGUUUUUCUAUCGAUAUGUACGAGCCGACAACCGGCAUGGUGAUUGCAACUGUGUUUGCUGCGAAUCUCUACUGUGGCUUGGACGCGCUCGCGUGGAAUUGGUGGAUUGUUUUUUCCAUUUUUGUCGGGCCCAUUCUAAUAUUUGUCUUUGCGCCCAUCUACGCGGCCUUCCCCCCUACGCUAAUUUGGACAUACUCAUGGGGCAACAAUUACGCACUGUACCGUUCCGCGCAGUUCUGGUUUAUGAAUAUCCUUACCGUCGUGCUCUGUCUGUUGCCGCGCUUUCUGUACGAGUAUUGGCGGAUCAUGACCAUGCCCAACGAUGUCGAUGUCGUGCGGAUCAUCGAUACACGCGAGCCCAGGCACGACUAUGUGCACGAUCCGCGCAUGCCGGGGAUGCGCGCUGCGCAGGCAUACGAGUCGGAGGCGAUGGAUGGCGACAUUUCGAUGCGCUCCAUCCACAACGAUGACCAUCCGCUCAUGCCCGUUCAGAGCAGGCACAGCAGCGUGCAGUACGAUAUGAGUACUGGACAAGAGGCGAUUUACCGCGGCUACUCAUUCGACGCUACCGAUGGGCCUAUCCAGCGACCGCGCAAUCGAAUCCGCCAGUUUGGCAGCAAACUCAACCCGUCGCACUUGCUUCGACGGCGCACAACACGGAAGAAGGACGAAGAUGGCGCGCACUACAUCAGCACCAGCGAUCGCCACGCUGCUGUGCUUUCGCGUGGAGCAAGCGUCGCACAUUCUGACGAUUACACGAGCAAGCGGCGGUCGUUUAUGGACGAUACCACCAUGGAUAUCGGAGAGAGCAGCGAUCCACCUCUCCCGCACGUGUCUGAUGCAGCCACACCGAGCAUUGCCAACGCUUCUGGCGUCUCUGAUACAUUUUUCUCUGUUCUAGAAGGGACGCCCAGUAUGCGAAAUACGUCGGGAACGUACAUGACACCGCGCACGGAUAUGCCGCGCUUUCCUCCGUAG